CUCCUUCACCCUCUCCCCGGCGCCCUCUUAAUUGGUGAGCUGGGAGGUUUCCAAGGCAACCGUGCAGCCGGGCGGAUGUCUAAAGGAGGAAACCGCAACCCGGAAGUGACGUCCGUACCUCGCGCCGGCGGUGAGAGGGUUCGAAGAUGGCGGCGCCCAAUGGUAAAACGCGCACGUGUGAAACCGGGGAACCCAUGGAAGCCGAGUCCAGCGGCUCUUCCCAGGUCUACCUGCCUGGCCGCGGACCGCCGCUGCGCGAAGGAGAGGAGCUGGUCAUGGACGAGGAGGCCUACGUGCUGUACCACCGAGCGCAGACCGGAGCUCCGUGUCUUAGCUUCGACAUAAUCCGGGAUCACCUGGGAGACAACCGGACAGAGCUUCCUCUUACGCUUUACCUGUGUGCUGGGACCCAGGCGGAGAGCGCGCAGAGCAACAGACUGAUGAUGCUUCGGAUGCAUAAUCUGCAUGGGAUAAAGCCCCCGCCAUCAGAGGGCAGUGAUGAUGAGGAGGAAGACGAAGAGGAUGAAGAAGAUCGGAAGCCUCAGCUGGAGCUGGCUAUGGUGCCCCACUAUGGCGGCAUCAACCGAGUCCGGGUAUCCUGGCUGGGCGAGGAGCCGGUGGCUGGUAUAUGGUCAGAGAAGGGCCAGGUGGAGGUGUUUGCCCUGCGGCGGCUCUUGCAGGUGGUGGAUGAUCCCCAGGCCUUGGCGACUUUCCUCCGGGAUGAGCAGGCCCGUGUCAAGCCCAUCUUCACCUUUGCUGGCCACAUGGGCGAGGGCUUUGCUCUUGACUGGUCCCCCCGGGUGUCUGGGCGCCUGCUGACCGGAGACUGCCAGAAGAACAUCCACCUCUGGACGCCAACGGAUGGUGGCUCCUGGCAUGUGGACCAGCGGCCAUUUAUGGGCCACACACGCUCUGUGGAGGACCUACAGUGGUCCCCAACUGAGGACACGGUGUUCGCCUCCUGCUCGGCUGAUGCUUCCAUUCGCAUCUGGGACAUCCGGGCUGCCCCCAGCAAGGCUUGCAUGCUCACCACCACCUCUGCCCAUGAUGGAGAUGUUAAUGUCAUCAACUGGAGCCGCCGGGAACCCUUCCUGCUCAGCGGCGGGGACGAUGGAGCCCUCAAGAUCUGGGACCUGAGGCAGUUCAAGUCCGGCUCCCCGGUGGCCACCUUCAAGCAGCACGUGGCCCCCAUCACCUCUGUCGAGUGGCACCCCCAGGACAGCGGAGUCUUCGCAGCUUCAGGGGCAGACAACCAGAUCACACAGUGGGACCUGGCAGUUGAACGGGACCCCGAGGCAGGCGACACGGAGACCGACCCUGGGCUGGCGGACCUUCCCCAGCAGCUGCUGUUCGUGCACCAGGGCGAGACAGACCUGAAGGAGUUGCACUGGCAUCCACAGUGUCCCGGGGUCCUCGUUAGCACCGCCCUGUCAGGCUUCACAGUCUUCCGCACCAUCAGUGUCUGAGGAGGCGGCCGCCACGGCCGGGACGGCCCUGCAGACCUGCUGAGCCUCUCUCCUCCCAGAGUCAGGCUUCACUGGACCAGUGAGCUGCCGCGAUGGAUUCUGUUUGACGUGCUGUUCUUGGAAAGGACUUAGUUUGGUCCCCUGACCCCUCUUGCCCAUGCAUCUGGGUCAACCCAUGACUGUAAAACUACCUGGUUUGGUUCAGGGAGCCUUCCAGCCAGAGGGCUUGGUUUGACUCCUGUGCCCCCUCCGGUGGAAAGAUUUGGGUUUGGCUCCGGCCAUACCCCUCCCCCCUCAACCUGUCCCAGGACCUGUUGGCCUCUUUCCCAGGUGGGCCAGUGUGGCCAGCAUUGCUGUGGAUAUUGCUGUCAGGCUUUGACCUCUCGCUUACAGGACCCAGUUUUGGCCACUGGCCUCCCCGCCCCGGAGAACUCAGAGCACUUUACAGUGGGCCCAGCCAAGGUUGAAGGGUGGGUUCUUCCAGCAGAAUCUGGUUUUGUCCCCACUUCCAGCCAACAGGGUUUGGCCAGGACUUCCGAGGGGUGGGGGUAGGGGGCUGUAUGGGUCUUCCUCCCUCCUGCAUCCCAGGCAAGCGAUGUGCAGGGAAGGAGGUCCAGGGCCCCCAAGGCAGUAAAGGACCAGAAUGAGGCCUGA